ACGGCGAUCAGAUGAGUUUGAAAAGUCGGGCUUCAUAAAUACGCAGAGAGUUUAUCUGCUGUGAGACAAGUUUGCAUUUCAGUUUUAUUAUUCUUCUUCCAAAUUUACCUGGAAGUUGUAUAAGCUACGAUUAAAUAAAGUAAGGUAUGUAUAGUUCUAUAAAGCAAUCUGAUUGUGAUCACGAUGGAUUUUAGUGGUUUCAGUUGUUUUCUGUCUCUGAUGGUCUGACUCUACACACUUGGGGAACACACAUGCGCACAGGGAGCAGCAGUCAGCUGUUUGACCUGAAGAGUUAAAUCAGAAAACUGUAUUCUCACUGGGAAUGAAAAUGACUAAGAACCACGCAAAAGUCCAGGCGCUGGGAGCGCACCGCACUCCGGUUAACGCAAAAAAGUAUUCAAAGGGGUCCGGUUCCCUAUUCAUCCGACCGCAGGGUGUCUGCGUGAGUUUGAAUGCCAGCGAGCGGCUUUGCCCCCCGCUCCCCCGCCCCGGCCGCUGCCUUCAGCUACCGCCGAGUCGAUGGAGGGAGGCGGGCGAACGAACGAGUUCAGCCUCCACGACUUUUGCCCGUCAGUCCAACAUCUGCAGCGGAGGUGAGCUGCGCCGCGUCUCAUCGGAAGCGACGUCGCGUGUGAUGGCUCCAUCACUUUUUGGCCACCGGACAUUCGGAAUCGGAAGAUCUUAUACGCGCUAAACUGAGUUUUCAUUAAGAUUUUUUUUUUUCAGAUUUCUGAGAUUUUUGUUUUGCGCAAAUGACUGAAUUAUACCCAUGAAGGAGUUUGCGAGUUGUUCACAAUCUCAAAAGUAAACGAAGUCGAGGAAGAUGAAAAGUGAUCUCCUUUAUUUUUUCCUAAUCCUAAUAUUUGUGAAAGUCGCUCCAGCGGUGCGUAAUGAUGUUGCCAACAAUCUACAGCCCUAUAUGCCCAACGUGUGUGUGGAGCGGGAGGUGACGCUGGUCGCCCAGAGGCAGCCGUGUGUGCAGGCCUUCACACGCAUGGUCAAGGUGUGGAAGCAGGACUGCGCCGGGCCGUCGUGGUGCAUGGGCUACGAGCGGCGGACAGCGUACUACACCGCAUACAGGCAGGUGUACAAGCAGGACUAUCAGACUGUGUACAAGUGUUGCCCCGGAUGGUCUCAACUCAACGGAGAGGCAGGUUGUCUGUACCCGCUCUGCAGCUACGGCGUGUGCUUCAACGGCGGCCAGUGUCGGGAGGGUUCCACCCAGCUCUGCGACUGUCCCGCCGGGUUCAACGGAGCCAGCUGCCAGUACGAUGUGAACGAGUGUGAGGAAACCAACGGCGGCUGUGAGGCCCUUUGCUGUAACACCAUUGGAAGUUUCUACUGCAGAUGUCCUGCUGGGCAGAAACUGAAUGAGGAUGGGAAAACGUGUGAGGAUAUUGACGAGUGUCAGGUCCACAAUGGAGGCUGUCAGCACAGAUGUGUUAACACCAGAGGCUCCUACUACUGUGAAUGUCACCCGGGCUCUCGCCUGCACGUGGACGGCCGGACGUGCCUCGCCGUGCACUCGUGCGCCGUCGGCAACGGAGGCUGUGAGCACUACUGCGUCCAGCAGUCGGCCGGGUCUUUCCGCUGUCGCUGCCGACCCGGUCACGAGCUGUCGGAGGACGGCAAGCGCUGCAAACUGAAGGACCCCUGUGAGCAUCAGAAUGGAGGCUGUAUGCACGACUGUCAGGUGGACGGCGGCAAAGCGCACUGCGACUGCAGAGCUGGUUACAUCCUGGCAGACGACGGCAAAACCUGCGAAGAUAUCGACGAGUGUGAGACGGAGGAGGCCGGCUGCGCCCACGGCUGCCACAACAGCCCCGGCUCCUUCGCCUGCGUGUGCGGCGCUGCCUACGAGCUGGGCUCCGACGGGAAGCAGUGCUACCGAAUCGAGAUGGAGGUCGUGAACAGCUGCGAGGACGACAACGGCGGCUGCUCGCACCGCUGCGAGCAUUCCACCCGCGGGCCCGCCUGCUCCUGUAACCAUGGUUACCGGCUGGACGACGACCUCAAAACCUGCGCCGACGUGGACGAGUGCGGCGAGCGGAGCGCGUGCUGCGAGCAGCACUGCACCAACUACCCCGGCGGCUACGAGUGCUACUGCUCCGCGGGACACAGGCUCGGCUCGGACGGCUGCAGCUGCGACGACGUGGACGAGUGUCUGGCUGACAACGGCGGCUGCGACCACACGUGCCAGAACAGCGCCGGCUCCUUCCAGUGCCUCUGCCGCCGGGGCUUCCGUCUGGACGAGGACCGGCGGUCCUGCAUCCCGCUCGGAGACGCGGCGGAGGCUCAGUCCAGUGGCGUUUCCACGGAGACGCCCCUCGCGCGGCCCCAGCUGACCUUGCUGCAGGACUACGGCCAGGCCCUGGAGCGCUACGACGACGACGAGGGCGAGCUGAGGGCAGAGAGCACCCUGGCCGAGAAGUUCGUGUGUUUGGACGACACGUUUGGGAGCGACUGCAGCCUGUCGUGUGACGACUGCUCCAACGGAGGAGCCUGUAACCUGUGGAGGAGCGGCUGCGACUGUCCCGACGGCUGGACCGGCGUCAUCUGCAACCAGACUUGUCCCGAGGGGCACUUCGGUAGAAACUGCUCCCUCCAGUGUAAGUGUAAAAACGGCGCCAGCUGUGACCCGGCCACUGGGAGCUGCCGCUGCCCGCCGGGGGUCAGCGGGGACCUGUGCCAGGAGGGUUGUCCCAAGGGCUUCUAUGGGAAACAGUGCAACAAGAAGUGCAACUGUGCCAACAACGGGCGCUGCCACCGGACCUACGGCGCCUGUCUGUGUGACCCUGGACUCUACGGACGCUUCUGCCACCUCCCUUGCCCAAAGUGGACCUUUGGCCUGGGCUGCUCUCAGGAGUGUCCGUGCGUCCAACAGAACACACUGGAGUGUCACCGCCGCCAUGGUACCUGUGUUUGUAAACCCGGUUACCAUGGCGACACCUGCAAGGAAGAAUGUAACCCAGGCACCUUUGGAGCCGGCUGCGAGAAGAAGUGCGCGUGUCCGCCAGGCGCGUCGUGCCAUCACGUGUCCGGAGAGUGUCAGCAUCAGUGUCCCGCUGGUCGUCAUGGAAACGCCUGUUCUCAAGCGUGUCCAGACGGACUGUUCGGACCCGGCUGCAUCCAUGCUUGCAACUGCACCGGCGCCUCGUGUGACAAAGUGACAGGAGAGUGCCGAUGUCCAGCAGGGACGUCGGGGACGCGCUGCGAGAGCCCGUGUCCGGAGGGGUUCUGGGGUCCGGGCUGCGCGGAGAGCUGCCCCGCGUGCGAGAACGGCGGCGUGUGCGACGCACACAACGGCUCGUGCCGCUGCGCCCCCGGCUUCAUGGGACGACUCUGCCAGAGCCCGUGUCCGAGCGGACGCUUCGGCCAGCGGUGCCAAAUGAGGUGCGUGUGUGAGAACCAGGCCCGCUGCGACCCGGUGAGCGGGCGCUGCUCCUGCGCCCCCGGAUGGAGCGGACACGGCUGCAGGAAAGCGUGCGACGCGGGCCGCUGGGGACCCGACUGUGCCCAAAGGUGCGAGUGUGGAAACGGAGACGGAAGCUGCGACGCCGCCACCGGCCAGUGCAACUGUGAGGCUGGUUACACUGGGACCCAGUGCCAGCAAAGAUGUCCAGCAGGUGUCUUCGGUCUCGGGUGUCGCCACCGCUGUCAGUGUGAGAACGGGGCCCUGUGUGACCAUGUGAGUGGGGCCUGUACGUGCCAGGCGGGCUGGACCGGAACCUAUUGUGAAAAGCCGUGUCCCCAGGGUUUCUACGGACCCGACUGCCAGGAGAGGUGUCUGUGUCAGAACGGCGGCCGCUGUGACCACGCCACCGGGCUGUGCUCCUGUGCCGCCGGCUGGACGGGUCCCACCUGCAACCAGACGUGCCCGUCCGGUUUCUACGGCGAGGGAUGCAACCGAAGCUGCGGCUGCCGUAGCAACGGCGUCUGCCACCCGGCCAGCGGGCAGUGUGUGUGCGCACCGGGCUGGACCGGACCCCAGUGCACGGACGAAUGCCCUGCAGGGUUCCACGGAGCCGACUGUCAGCAGCGCUGCCUGUGUCAGAACGGGGCGGCCUGCAACAGGACCAGCGGAACCUGCACGUGUGCCAGUGGAUGGACGGGGCCGGCCUGUGAACUGGAGUGUGCGGCGGGUCGGUUCGGGCCCGGUUGCCAGCGGCGGUGCGAGUGUGAGAACGGCGGCCGCUGCGACAGGCAGAGCGGCCGCUGCAGCUGCAGCCGCGGUUGGACCGGGGACCGGUGUGAGAAAGCGUGCGAGCCGGGCCUGUUCGGUGCCGACUGCGGGGAAAGAUGUCCGUGCGCUCACGGCGCCUCGUGCGACCACGUGACCGGAGCGUGUCGGUGUCCAGCAGGGUGGAGAGGAAACGUGUGCGACAAAGCCUGUUUGCCGGGGACCUACGGCGACGGCUGCACGCGGCGCUGCAGCUGUGCUCCGGGCACGGCCUGCCACCACGUGUCCGGGGAGUGUGGCUGCGCCCCCGGGUUCACUGGCAACGGCUGCGAGCAGACUUGUCUCCCUGGGACAUUUGGCCAGAACUGUAACCAGGUCUGUCAGUGCUCAGAGACCAACCAGCUCUGCCAUCCAGUGUCUGGAUCGUGUUACUGUGCACCAGGUUUCCAUGGGCCCAAAUGUGACCGAGUCUGUGCAGAGGGUCUUUAUGGACCGAACUGCGAAAGAGCGUGUAGGUGUGAAAACGGAGGGCGGUGUCUUCCUUCCACCGGAGCCUGUGAGUGUCCGGCCGGAUUCAUAGGAGCUCGCUGCAACAUCGCGUGUCCGCCGGGCCGGUUCGGGCUCGACUGUGCUCAGGUGGCGCUGUGCGGAGCCGGGGCCCAGAAUGACCCGGUCACAGGCCGCUGCGCGUGCGUCCCGGGGCGGAGAGGAGGCGACUGCGGCCUCGGCUGUCCCCCGGGCUGGUUCGGCGCCGGCUGCUCCCAGCGCUGCAGCUGCAGCAACGGAGGCGCGUGCGACUCGGCGUCCGGCCGCUGCACCUGUGGUUUGGGCUGGACCGGGCCUCGCUGUGACGAAGAAUGUCCCGUGGGCAGAUUCGGCGCCAACUGUCAGCUGAGAUGUAACUGUCAAAAUAACAGCACUUGUGACAGAGUGACGGGGACGUGUCAGUGUGGUCCAGGCUCCUACGGGCAUCUGUGUGAGCACGUCUGUCCUCCCGGCCUCCACGGCCCGCUGUGUCAGCGGCGCUGCGACUGCAUGAACGGCGCGUCCUGCGACCCGGUGUCGGGCCACUGCGUCUGUCCUCCAGGGUUCCACGGAGCCCGCUGCCACAGAGCGUGUGAACGGGGCUCCUACGGCCGGAGCUGCGCAGAGGCGUGCGACUGCGAGGACGACGCCCCGUGCGAUCCUGUCACCGGGAGAUGCCUCUGCUCAUCAGGGAAGACGGGACCCAGAUGUGACAUCGACUGCGGACCGAACCGCUACGGGCCAGACUGCGCAGAGACCUGCGAGUGCCGGAACGGAGCCCGGUGCGAUCCACGCAACGGCCGCUGCAGCUGCCUGCACAGCUGGGUCGGUCUCUCCUGUCAGGAAGGUAGAGCAACGACUGGCUUCCUGCUGUCUCCACAGUUGCCUCCCGGCAGUCGACAGCAGGUUCCGAGCUCCGCUGACUCUGGAGCCAGAACCGAUGUGACGAUGGACCUCCGCUCCUCACCUUCAGCAGCAGCAGAGCAGACUCUCAACACGACGGCUCAUUAUAGCAGCUCUGACGACUCCAGGCGGAGCGGCCGCUGGAAGGACCCUCGUGGACCUCAUAGACUCUCACGAGAACCGGUUCCGUGUUCGGACCCGAGCUGGAUCAUCGUUCUUUGCCUGCCAAAGCGUCAUUCGAUCCAUCAGACUUAACAGAUUCUCUUGUGCUGAACUUUAGGAGGAGACGUGUCAGGAGACUGCACUUCAGGAUUUUAUGUUGUCCACCACAUAUCGUUUGCAGGUAUUUGUCAGAAAGAUCGUUUCUAUAAAGAAUUCUAAAGCUUCUGACACAAUCCCAUUUCAUUACUAACCAGUAAAUGAAGGUGAUUUUAGCUUUAAACAUAUCAAGUACUUCACUCAGUCCAAUGGUGCUACAGUAAAGGGCCUUACUGUACUUAAUGUACACUAACUAUUCUCGUUGGAAUAGAUUUGUAUAUAAAUUACUGUAUAUUUAUAUUACACAUGAUUGUAUUCAGUUGAAUAUAACAAGUUUAAAUACAUCCAUCUUCCACUGGGCCAGAUUUACAUGGAUUCCAAUAAAGACAGACACUGUUUGUUUAUCAUUCUUAUUUUAUCUGUUAUCUUUUCAUUGACGACAGAAGCUGUACAUCUUGUCUAAAUUUCAGAGUCAAGCACAGUGCAGAUAGCAAUGCCUGCAAAAGAAAACUAAAAAAGAAAAGGCAGAGGUGAUCACAACCAGAAAUGUAUACAAAGGUCAAACUAUGUACAGGAGACGCCAGGCUCUCACUAAGUGAAUUCAGUCCUCAUAAUGCAUAUGCAACACAAAGGAGCUGCUUCUUCUAGUCAGUCUUAAAAUCCAUACAAUACUGAUAGGAAAAAUGCAGCAUGGUGAAAAAAUAAAAACAGUUCUUUUAAUUCUUUCUACUGCAUUAAAGGCUAAAACAUAAAAAAUAUAUUCUCUGUAUAACCUCCUGUUAAAUAAGCUCUGUCUGUGGGUCUGGUUUCAUUUCUGAACCCUAAUAAUUUAGUUAACUUAGAACAGCAAAUAUGAUGAAGCUCAGACCACUUAAAGCAUAAUUCCUCCACCAAAUAACUACAACCAAGUGUGAAGACCUUAUGUUAUUUCUGCGUGCGUUUACCCUUUGCAAGCACGAGACCCUUGUUGUCAGCAGGUGCAACACCACAGCUGAGAAAAAUGCACAGCAAAACCUUUUAUGGGAAAAGUCUGACAUUUUGGGAAAUAUGUUUUUAAAUGUGAUGACGUUAGAGCAGCAGGCAGCUGUGUUCACUCAGCACAAAGACUGGGAACCAGUGCUUCAUAACACAGUUUGCCUGCACCUCUCCUCCCAGUAACAUCACCUUCCGUCUAGUUAAUCUGUACAAAAACUCAAAGUGUAAAAAACACAAUGAGUUUAAUUGUGUGUGGAUGUAAUGAGACCUGGACCGACCGUGAGGAUGACGAUGCCAACUCACCUGAACAAAGAAAUAGUGCUCCUCUGGCACAUUAGCGUAAAACGUUGUAACUUGCAAUACUGCGAGUGGCCGCUAGGGGCGCUGCUUUGCUCUACUUUCUGUUUGACAUGAAUUCACAAGGCAUAAUCAGCUCCUGCUGAGCUACAAUGAGCCACCAGCCGGCAUGAAAGUCUCGUGUAACACUGCAAAAAUGUGAAUGUAAAAGUGAAUUUCCUAAGAUGCCAAACUUUGCCUCUAAGUCUUACACGUCAUCUCCCUUCCCUGCAGAUGAAAGUAUUAAGACACGGACUAAUGAACUAAAUGUGCUUUGCUUAUCUUCUGACAAAACGCCAGUUUUACUUCACUCAGACGUACAAGACACCGCAAAUCAAAUGUAUACAAGGAUUAAAUAAUACAAGAGGCAAAAAGCAAGGGAUUCAUUUAGUAGUCACACACACACACACACACACACACACACACACACACACACACACACACACACACACACACACACACACACACACACACACACACACACACACACACACACACACAGCA